AGGUUGUCCACUGCAGCAGACUGAAUGGUGAAAGUUAUCAUUCUUGUCACAGCCUAUGCCAAAGCCCACUAGUUCUUGACUUAAGAUUGCAAUGGAGAAUGAUUCAGCAGUCUUAAAAAGUAUAAAUGAGAUCUUGGAUUCUGCUAUCACCUCCUUGAACCCUGUCAUCACAUACCUUGAAGGUGAUGAAAGAAAUAAGGCUGUGAAAAAUCUGCAGUCUGCUAUGAAGCAUGCAAUAACUUCAGAGCAAAAUCUCAAGACCCAUGUAACUGUUAUAAAGUCUUUACAAGCUGAGUUGAAGAAUGACCCUUCCAUUGACAUUCCAAAAAGAUAUAACUCAAUGAUGAAGUCAGUUGGGCGGAAGGUUCCCAAAUUGAAGGAACAUGGAAAGAUGACAAACUUUGAUGAAGCUCUCAAGUCUUUGUUGAGAGAUAGGCAGGAGGUAGUGCAGGAGAGUUUGAAUGCUGAGGAGGGCUCUGAUGAAGAAAUAGUGAUGACACAGUCAGAAAUGCCCAGUAUAGACCCCUUUUCAGGCCUUACCAUGACAGAUCCUGUUAGGAACAUCAUCUGCAGUCAUAUAUAUGAUCGUUCCUCUGUCAUAGAUGUGCUCAAGCGUAACCCUCAAGUCCGAUGCCCUAUCCCAGGCUGUGGGAAUAAGAAAUUCAUCACCCUGGAGUCUGUUGUUCCUGACAAUCAAGUCAAGAAACAUCUUCAAAAAAUGAAGUCUCAGAAAUGAGGGUCAUAAAAACUUUUCUUUCCUGCGGCUUGAGGGAUGAUGUGAUAAUCUUUUAAGCUGCCAUUGAUUUUGUUACACAAGACAUGAUUCUGAACUUGGCAUUUGUGGUUACCUGUCAGAGUGGAUCUUCCUUUUUUUUUGUUCUGGUAUUAAAAUAACAGUUGAAGCUUUCGAAUAAUCUAAAACAUCAGCCUGUUUAUUCAUGACAUUUUAAGCACUUUUCCUAC